CGAGGGUGGUCAGUGAACGUUACCGCGUGACCCUGUCUUUCUUUAUCCAAAGAUAGCCAAAAACUGAGCAGCACGACGUCGAUGACUGUGCCAAAAGGAAGGUGGCCGUAAUAGCACGUUCCUGUGCAUAAAUCUGUGAGGUUAAGUGGGAACGGUGUUCCAGUAAUAAUAAUCGCAGCCGGUCUGUUUUAUGAAGUGUCAGGACCUUUAAAUGACAAGUAACUAUGGCAAUGUCUGGUUCUGAUAGGAAGCCGAGAGUCAUAGUUUUAGGAGGAUGCGGAUUUAUAGGACGUAAUCUCGUCGAAUAUCUGCUGGAUAAUGAUCUCGUCUCGUUCGUUCGCGUCGUGGACAAAGUGCCGCCGCAGACUGCUUGGUUGAAUUGUAAACACCAACGGGUAUUCGAGCAUCCACUGCUCGAGUUCAAGAGCGCCAAUUUGAUUAAUGCAGUAUCUUGUCAAAAUGCAUUUGUAUCGGAUAACUCAUUCAAUUAUGUGAUUAAUUGCGCUGGAGAAACAAAGAGUGGUCAAACAGACCCUGUGUACAAAGAGGGGAUCUACAAGCUAAGCAUGAACUGUGCCCAGCAUGCAGCAAAGCUGCAAGUUGAUCGUUAUGUGGAAAUAUCUUCUGGUAAUCUUAAUGCUUCUGAAAAAAAUCCACACAAAGAAGAAGACAUUGGGGAACCGUGGACAUAUGUUGCAAAAUAUAAGUUGCAAGUUGAAAAUGAUUUGAAGAAUGUACCAAAUUUGAAGUACACAAUUCUGAGACCAGCUGUUGUGUAUGGGUAUGGGGACAAAAGUGGCUUGGCACCACGUCUUGUAGUAGGAGCAGUUUACAAACAUUUGGGAGAAAUGAUGAAGCUACUUUGGGGUCCAGACCUUCAUAUGAACACAGUUCAUGUGAGGGAUGUAGCUAGAGCCAUUUGGCAUGUAGCAAACAGGCCAGACACUGUGGGCCAAACAUACAAUGUUGUUGAUGAAGGUGAUUCGACUCAAGGAUCAAUCAGUGCUAUAGUUUCAGAGUUAUUUAAUAUCAAUCAUGAUUACUGGGGUAUCACACUGUCUACAUUGGCUAAAACAGAUAUGAAUUCUGUAGUCGAAGAAGUGAAUGACAAGCAUAUGGCACCUUGGGCAGAGGCUUGCAAUAAGGAUGGUGUGGAAAAUAGUCCUCUAUCCCCGUACAUAGACCAAGAGCUUCUAUACAAUAAACAUUUGUACUUACAACCAGGAAAAUUGUUAAGUACUGGGUUCAAUUAUAUGUAUCCGAAACUCACGAAAGAUGCCUUGAAAGAGGUUCUCGACGAUUACGUAACAAUGAAGAUAUUCCCACAUUCCUUGGUUCUAUGAACUGUAACAAUGCAGACUGCCAAGAUCAAAUACUGAAACAGCUUACAAUGAUUUGUAUAAAUAACUUUUUGGAGCGUUUCACCUUGUGCCUAGUAAUCUAUGCAAAUUACGUACUCUAUCGUAUGUUAU